AUGGAUAAAAAGAUAGUGCGCAAAGGGCCGCUGCCUGGGGGUCGCCGGGGCGCGUCUGGAGCUGGCGCUGGACGCGGCAGCAUGCGGGCCGCCAGCCGAGCGCGAGGAGCUGCACGGUCACCUAGCAGCCCUCCGCAUCCAUCAUCCCCACCAGAAGGCUUGGUGUCGGCUGGGUCUUCUCGGACUCAGCAAGCGGCACCCGCCGCUGGUGGAGCACGUCGCAUGCGUUGGUCACAAGCAAUGAAUGCAAACGCACUGCGGGCGUACUUUAGGGCAAAAGGGGAAGAAACUGGAUGUUUGGCGUAUCGGGCUAGGAUGCAUCGUCUUUUUGCUGAGCUGGAGCCAUCUUUAAUCGUCACAGAGCAAAACCUGGCAGACCGAGUUCGGUAUAUCUUGCGCUCAAAUAUAUUUGAUGUCGCCGAACUCGAACGGCUACGACGUGAGGCUGUUCCCUCGUCGGAUGAAAAUGCUACGGCUGAGGAUGCGGCGCCACAAAUGGUAGAGCAACCCGCAAACGUGGAUGCCGCCGUGAGUACCCCAGUUGUGGUUGAUUCAAACGAUGAUGGAACAGUCGCCCAGGAACUGGAAUUAGAGCAUAUGAGGAGUACAUUGGAAGAGGCGAUUGUGGAAACGCGCAGUACGCCUCUCGAAAAUCGACCGCGACUUCCCCGCAUAGCCCUAAGCAAGCGGAAUCGGGCUGUCGUGAGGGCUCUGAACCCAAUGCUGGUGACCUAUUUGGAAGCCAGCCGGGACCUUUGCGAGACGGACUCAAUUCUUUUUGGCGCCGCGCUGGCAGUCUACCGUAUCAUAGGCACCAAGAUUUCCACGGCUGGACGCGCUACUGGCCAUAGUAGCGCUAUCCAGCAUGGAGAAGAAGAAUUGAGGAACGUAUCGCAAAGGCUAGAGCUCUCAUCGGCAGACUGA